AUGGGAAGAAGCCCACCGCCACGAAAACCUUCAUUCAUGAAGAUUCUAGUUACAGAUUUCUCCAAGAAGCUGAUGAUACCACCCCAGUUUGUGAGGCUUUAUCGCGAAACCUUGGCUAGAAAAUGUAUACUAAGGCCUACUGGUACGCGAGAUUCAUGGUGUGUAAGGACAAAGUGGAUCAAAGAUUCAUUGUAUUUCAAGAAAGGCUGGAAAAAGUUUGCCCGACAUCAUUCACUAGGCUACGGUGACUUGUUGAUUUUCCGGUAUGCUAAAGACUGCAAGUUUUAUGUUGACAUGUUUGAUAAGUCUUGCUGUUUUAAGGAACCUGUUAACUCGCAAAAUGUGGGGUCUCAGAGGGACACUACUCCCAUACUUCCUGGCCAAGAAGCCAAAGUCGAUCUUGAAACAUCAGCUCUUGAUGCAGCUCUUGAUGCGGAAGAGUUCAUGGCAGGCUCAGAGUUUCCUGCAUUCAACAGGAUUGUCAGACCAGCUUACCUGAAAGCUAACGGAUAUAUGCCUAUUGAUCCAAAUUUUGGAAGAUGGUAUUUGGAAGACAGCAUAAGAGAUGUGAAGAUUGAUGUGUCAGGUAAGAUAUGGACUGUUGGGAUUUUACCCUCAAGCUUACAAUUUUCAGCAGCACCAGUUAAGUAUUAUGAUUGUUACCUCAAGGUUUUGAUUAUAUUUCAUUUGGUAGUGCAUGGCUCUAGUAUACUACUUCACUCGGAUAACAGCCCUAGUUUUACAGGCUCUGUUGAAUGUGUAGAGGAUCGCGAAAAUUGCCAGACUAAAGCAAGGUCUGGUAAGGCUCUUGAAGCACGUUCUAGCCAGGCACUUGAAGAAGAUUCUAGCCAGGUUAUUGAAGCAGCGUACGAAUUUGCUUCACAGUCAAAGCAUCCUUCCUAUCCGUGUGUUAUGUCUUUCAAUUACAUCCGAAGGGGUAAUCUGUAUGUUCCUUCGACUUUUGUUAAGCAAGUAAACGAAGCAGCAGGUUCUGUCAAGGUGAAACUUCAGUGCAGGGGCAAAGAGUGGGAUGCUCUACUGAGUACUUAUGAAACGCUUUGGUGGAUGCAUAAUGGCUGGUCUACUUUUGUGGAGGAGAACUCUCUGCAAAUUGGCGACGCUUGUGUCCUGGAGCUGAUCGAUAGAGAAGCUGCUCUGAUCAAAGUUACAGUUUUCAAAUGCACUAAUUAA